AUGAGGACCCAGCUUCAUGCUGUUGGGAAGCCUAGAGGUCCUCUUCCAAUUGUUCAUAAGUAUUAUCAAUCAGGAGAUUUAAUCAUUGCUGCAAUCAUAUAUCAGAUGUUAUUUGUUUCAAAUGAGAUCACUUUUCAAAGUGUUCCUUCACACGAUGUCCUUGAUCAUACUGACUAUUUUGAUGAUAUUACAACUUACCUUUUAGCAAUGGAAUUUUUAUCUACAAAAGAUAAAUUUAUCCCCAACUACAAAUGUAAUGACCAGACGAACACAGUAGCUGUCAUUGGAGGACCCCGUACUAAAACCUGUGUCAACAUGGCAACUGUUCUGUGUAACUAUAAGUUUCCACAGAUCACAUAUGGAUCAGCCCCACUGAUGAAUAAGGAAACAGCAGCAUAUUUUGUCAAAUGGAUGUUCCCAGAUGAGAUCCACCAGCUUAAAGGAAUACUAUACUUAUUGUUGCAUUUCCAGUGGACCUGGGUUGGAUUGAUUUCUCUGUAUGAGGAAGAUAGAGAGAGGUUCAUUCAAAAGAGUCUUUCCAUUUUUUCAGAGAGGGGAAUCUGCUUUGACUUCAUAGAAUGUAUCCCACAAAUGAUGUAUGGUAAUUUAGUUGCUGAAAUGAUGGAGCAGGCGGAUAAAUUAUAUAAAGUGAUUAUGGGAAGUACAGUCGUUGCAGUGAUCUUAAAUGCUGAAAUUACAACCAUUGUGAUUUUGAGAAUAAUGAUCUACAUUUUAGAUGCUGAUGAUAUUCCAAUGAAAAGAAAAGCCAAAGUUUGGAUCAUGGCAGCUCAGAUGGAUUUUACCUCUAUUCUAAUGCAAAGACACUUGCCCAUUGAUUUUCUCCAUGGUGCUCUUUCCUUUGCAAUUCAUUCAAAAUCAUUAAUAGGUUUCCAAAAAUUUAUGUUGAAGAGAAGUCCAAACUUUGAAAGAGAAGAUGGAUUUAUAAGGGAUUUUUGGAAAGAUGCAUUUGACUGCUCAUUCCCCAGUGAGAUGACAGAUAGGAAUGCUGAAAGGAUCUGCACUGGAGAAGAGAAGCUGGAGACUCUUCCUAAUUCUGUCUUUGAGACCACUGUGAGUGGACAUAGUUACAGCAUCUACAAUGCAGUCUAUGCUGUGGCACAUGCUCUGAGGGCCAUAUUCUGCCAAACUCCCAAAUUCAAAGAUGGUCAAAUAAUUGAUGAAAGGAGAUGGAAGAUGUUGCUUCAGUCACCAUGGCAGCUUCACCAUUUUUUGCAGAAAGUCUCCUUUAACAACAGUGCGGGGGAAGAGAUUUCAUUUGGACCCAAUGGGGAAUUAGUAACUGGAUUUGAUAUUCUAAAUUGGGUCACAUUCCCAAACAAGUCCUUUCAGAGAGUCCAGGUUGGAAAAAUUGACCCCAUGGCUCCCCUAGAUAAGUUUCUCACCAUUUCUGUGAAGGAUAUUACUUGGCCCUUCACAUUUAACCAGACAUUACCUCUUUCCAUUUGUAACAAGAAAUGUCCUCUUGGUCAUAGCAAGAUAAAAGUGGAAGGGAAAUUAUCUUGCUGCUAUGACUGUAUAAAUUGUCCAGAAGGGAAGAUAGCAAACCAAAUGGACUUAGAUGAUUGUUUCUCAUGUCCAGAAGAUCAAUACCCAAACAAAGACCGGGAUAGUUGUCUUCAGAAAAACAUAACUUAUUUGACUUAUCAAGAGCCUUUGGGCAUUUCUUUGCUGGCCACAGCAGUCUUCUUGUCUUUCAGCUCAGUCUUAUUAUUGGGGAUCUUCAUUAAAUACCAAGACACUCCCAUUGUCAAAGCCAACAAUAGGAACCUUACUUAUACUCUUCUCAUUGCUCUCCUCCUCUCCUUCCUUUGCACUUUACUCUUCAUUGGACAACCUGACCAAGUGAAAUGUCUUUUGAGACAAAUUGCUUUUGGCCUAAUCUUUUCUGUAGCUCUUUCUUGUAUAUUGGGAAAAACAGCCAUUGUUGUUCUUGCUUUCAUGGCCACCAAGCCUGGUUCCAAAAUGCGGAAAUGGGUAGGGAAAAGAUUGGCUGCUUCAAUUGUCCUACCUUGCUCAGUGAUACAAUUUACUAUUUGUCUAGCAUGGUUGGCAACUUUCCCCCCGUUCCCAGAUUCUGACAUGCAUUCAAUGACAGAAGAAAUUAUCUUGCAAUGUAAUGAAGGUUCAGCCACUAUGUUUUAUACCGUCUUUGGCUUUAUGGGGUUCUUGACUGCUGUCAGCUUCACAGUUGCCUUCCUAGCUAGAAAUUUACCUGACAGCUUCAAUGAAGCCAAAUUCAUCACCUUCAGCAUGUUGGUUUUUUGUAGUGUUUGGGUAUCAUUUGUUCCAACCUAUCUAAGCACCAAAGGAAAAUACAUGGUGGCUGUGGAGAUCUUUUCCAUUUUGGCUUCAGCAGCUGGAUUACUGGUCUGCAUCUUUUCCCCCAAAUGCUACAUCAUUAUUCUAAGAUCUGACCUGAACAAGAAGGAGCAACUAAUAAAGAAAUGA